AUGUCUAAGCGUUCCCCUGACCAGUCCCUCUCCGAGGAGAUGAACGUCGCCAAGAAGCAAAAAAUAACAGGUACUGCCAACGAAGCCGACGCUGCACCCGCGUUGGGGCCAGAGAACGAGAGCCUCGAAGCUGACGAGAACCCCGUAGUAACUCAACCCGAGACAGUUACAGUCGAGGUCGACGAGAUCGUUGCUCCAAGCACCAACAAGGCGGCAAAGACCACAAAGAAGACGAUGAACAAGGUGACAAAUCCGAAGGCCAAGCCCAAGGUUGUCAAACCUACAUUGAAGCCUCCUGUCGGCGACGGCUUUUCUGAGUACGCUUAUGACGCCACUGUCCCUGAGCCUAACGAGUUCUGGGGGGUCAAGCCUCUUCCUGGUGAUCGUCGUCCCCACCCCGACCAGCCUUCUGCCCGUGAGAGCAAUGGUCAGACAAACCCUCCCAUGUGGGAGGAGCGAGGUUACCGGUACAAGCGAGGCUCUCGCCACGUCAAGUACUUCGGCCCGAUCGCUCCGGAUAAUGUUGACAGCCUGGAGCCCACACUGGACCAGGAAGAACUACUCGUUGUCAAGGUUAUCGAUAUGCGGCCUAAGAGCAACAAGGAUCAGUCACCGAAGCGUACCCCGGCCAUCUACUGUUAUGGCAAAGUUCCUCGGGACUGGGACAACAUGCAGGCGAUCAAGGCCUUAAACGACCGUCGGUACCAGUCGAUUGACCGUAUGACCAUGGAUGCGCCAUGGACUCGCAUUGAGCGUGAGUACCUGGCUUCAUUGCUAGCAGAGAACCCAGACGCGUCCAUCUGGGAGUUGACCGAGCUUCACAACGAUAGGUUUAUGAACAAAGACUUUGCGACGGAGACUGGCUUUGGCUUUGCAAAUCUGUCUGUUGGUCGGACUGUCGAGAGCGUGCGGUAUGAGUAUUGCACCUACAAGCCCUUCUACGACAAGGGCGAGGCUCCUAAGAUGAUCCGCUGGCGUGGCGAUCCUUCGAUUGAAGCUCGCAACAUCAAGAAGGCUGGACGUUUCGAGAAGUUCGGCCCGCCGAGCCGGAUGCUCCAGAUGGCUUACGAUGCUGCCCACACUGGUGAGGAUGAAUCUGGUGACGAUUCUCCUCAAGAGUCUUCCGAGGCGCAGCCCACCGAAAAGGGCAAGCGUAAGCGCGGCGCCGAGGAUGACGUUCAAGAUGACGGCCCUUCAAAGAAGACUAAGAUUAUCCGAUUUGUUGAGACGAAUCCUUUCGAGGGCCAAGAGAAGCUUGGUGACGAGGAGGAGAUGCUUCUCCAGUUGGCUGGUGCUUACGAGGAGGAAUUCAUGGAAUCUGUGCCGAAGAGAAAUGAUGCUCAGAUCUCCCUUGCGAAGGCUCUUUUCUCAGUCUCUGAAUCAUUGCUGACAACUCCCCCGGCUACCCCCGUGGUCCCAUCCAUGCCAGUGGACAAAGGCAAAGAUAAUGCCAUCGAAAAACGUAAGCAAAACACUGACACGCUGGAACCGGAGACUUCUGCUAACAAGUCUACCCAGCGCGCAUCAUCCGUCGAGCACACUCCUGCUGAGACCACCGAGGAGGUUGAGAAGUCUGUUGUCCAAGAGACAUCAGUCGAAAAGGUCGUUGAGAAGAAGGUUGUCUCGGCGCCGACUCCUAUCCAGGCUAAGCCUUACUUUACGACCCGUGCAGGGCGGAAUAUAUUCAUUGACGACAAUUAUGACGACGAUGAUGAGGAUGAGGAGCUUUGA